AUGCAUCUUCAAACCCUCCUCCCCAUCCUCUCCGCCUUAGGAACAACAGCCGCCAUUGCCAUCAAACCCCCAACCCAUCUCUGGGCAACCCACUACAAUGGCAAUGUCUACACCCUAACUCUGAAAGACAAUGAUCUCUCUGUAUCGCAAACCCUCAACACCUGCGGUGACAUGCCAAGCUGGCUAACCCUAGACGCGCACACACGCACCGUCUAUUGCUCUGACGAGACUGCCAGACGGCACGCUGCGCGCGAAGGCGCUGUCGCGAAGGCUGUCGGUGGCGGCGUGAAUAGUGUUAUCUAUGAGGCGGGUGCAGGGAAGAAGUUCAUUGCGAUUGCGCAUUACGGAGGCUCAGCCAUCUCAACCUUUGCCCUACCAAUCAAACAAAACCAACCAACCCUGCAAGCCUUCCAUUUCAACUUGACCAGGCCGGGCAAAGUGGCCCAACAGGACUCGUCGCACCCACACGAAGUCUUCCUCGACCCGACCGGCUCAUUCAUCGUCAGUCCGGACUUAGGCGCGGAUCUGCUGCGCGUGUACGCGAUCGAGGAUGGCCGGUCGGGAAAGCUGUCAGAGUGUCCGAGCGUGAACGUUACCUUUGGUAGCGGACCGCGACACGGCGUGUUCUGGACAGAUGGCAGCGACCGGUCGGCCGGAGCUGGGUCGACCCAUUCGCAAAAGACAGAGGCUGUUGGCGAGACGAUGAUGUAUCUUGCUAACGAGAUCGGAGGUACGAUGAUGGUGUUUGAUGUUUCGUAUCCGAGAUCUGGGUGUUUGUCUUUUGAGAAGACGCAGACGAUGGUGCCAUAUCCUGGGGGUGUUAUGCCUGAAGGUGCGACGCCCGCUGGGAUUAGCAGGAUUGGGGACGAAUUUUAUGUUUCGAUUCGAAGUGAUCAGGGGUUCGCGCCCAAUGAUUCGAUGGUUGUGCUUGAUCGGUCGCCGGAGGAUGGGUCGCUUGAGUUGCGCGACUCGUCUUCUGCGCUUGGGAAAGUGCCGCGGACUUUUGUGAUCAAUCGGGCUGGGGAUUUGGUUGCGAUUGGGAAUCAGGCUUCUGCGACAGUUGCAAUUGUGCGUCGGGAUCCGAAGACGGGGAAUCUGGGCGAGGAGGUUGCUACAGUACAUGUUGGUGAGCCUGGGAAGGUUGGGACUGCGGAGGGUCUCAGCAGUGUCAUCUGGGAUGAGUAG